AUGGACUCACUCAUCCAAGAGAAUAUCUCCCUGAAGGCCGAAAUCGCACGUCUGAACUCCAGCAUAUCAGCAAAAGACGCCGACGGCCUCGACCUCGCCCUUCAAAUCCGCUUCAAAGCGCACGAACUCGCUACCAUGACCAAAACCAUCGCCAUGCAGCGCGCACUCCUUGCCUCUCAAGAUCAAGAGAAGGACACAUUGAAGGCAUGGCUCGAAUCCGCUUCGUGCCAGAGCGCCUGUCAUGAAGGGUCGUAUAACAAACUGCGCGCUGCUAUGGCGAGGAGGGUCCAGGCUGAUGGUGAGAGGAUUGCGAAGUUGGAGACGGAGGUGGGGGAUUGGCAGGAUACAUGGAUGGAGGAACGGUGUCAGUAUGAAGACCUGCUUGAGGGGUUAGGCGUAUGGUAG